GCAGAAGAGGAAGACGGGCUGAUAACAGCGCUAGAAACUUCCAUUGCGUUUUGGCUUACUUCGUCCUCCAGUUUGCAGAAUGACGUCCCACAUUGUCACAAGAUCCUCUCGUGCUUUCAUUAAGAGACAAAGGGCUGCAGCAGAUCCAACUCAGGACCCCACGAACUUUGAGGACGUGGCCGUGUAUUUCACAGAAUCUGAGUGGGCUCUGCUAGAUCCGGAUCAAAGGGAUUUAUAUCGAGAGGUCAUGCAGGAGAAUUAUGGGAAUGUGGCUUCGCUGGGACCUCCAGUUCCAAAGCCUCAGCUGAUUUCCCAGCUGGAAAAAGGGGAAGCGUCACGGGUGCUGGAUCAGCAAGAAUUAGGAGAAAGCGAGAUCCAGACGGGCAGUUCUUCUGCUGAGAGAUCGGAUACACCAGCUCUCAGGAAAUCAUCGACAAAGAGUCAAACCUGCAAACCAUCCCUCUCUCAUUCAACAUCAUUUCACACAGGUGAGGAGCAGGUGAGGAAGGAAAAGAGAUCUCAUCAGACAGAAAGUUCUCUAUUGGUAACACCAAAAGAAACAAUCUUGCAAAGGCUGAAAGACAUUGUUUCCCAGCAUGGAGCGAAAGGAGAAGGCUCGGAGAUACAGUACGGAGCAAGGAAGAGCCAAAGAAAGCACCCUCGGAAGAGGAAAGGUGCUUCUGAGAAAAGUGGCAAUGAUCCCGGUGAAAUAACACAAGAGACGACUGCAAGACAAGUAGGAAGCUCUACCUCUGAAACUGGAAAGACUGCCCAUUCAGCAGAAGCACCAUUGAAGUGUUCCGACUGCGGGAAAACCUUCAAUCGCAAAAUUGCCCUUUUUAGCCACUUGAGAUCCCACAAGGUAAAGAAGUCCUGUGCCCUUUGCCAGAAAACCUUCCUUCGCAAAGGAGAUCUCAUUCGGCAUGAAAUGAUCCACUGGGGGGAGAAAUCAGAUCCAUGUUCAGUGUGUGGGAAAACAUUCAGUUCGAGAAGACAUCUUAUUAGACACGAGAAAAUCCAUUCAGGAGAGAAGCUGUUUAACUGCAUAUAUUGUGGGAAAUGCUUCAGAGAGAGAGAGCAUCUUAAGGUUCAUGAGAGAAUCCAUACAGGAGAGAAACCCUAUGAAUGCCCAGAUUGUGGGAGAAGCUUCAAUUGUCUGUCGAAUUUCAACAGGCACAAGAAAAGUCACAGUGGUGAGAAACCACAUCAAUGUUCAGAUUGCGGGAAGGGCUUCAGAAACCAUUCUGACCUUAAGCUUCAUGAGAGAAACCACACUGGUGAAAAACCUUAUCAGUGUGCUGAGUGUGGAAAAAGCUUCAAGUGUUCCUCGGCCCUUAGCACUCAUAGGAAAUCUCAUAAGGAAGAGAAACUAUAUCAAUGCCAGGAGUGUGGGAAAUGCCUAAAGUACAGAUUUACCUUUAUUCAACAUCAGAGUGUGCAUAAAUACAAAUGCUCAGACUGUGAGAAAAGUUUCAGCCAAAGCUCAGCCCUUGAGCACCAUAGAAGAAAACACACAGGCGAGAAACCACAUGGAUGCUCACACUGUGGGAAGAGGUUUGAUCGUAAAUCAGCCUUAAUUAUACAUGAGAGAUAUCACACUGGAGAGAAGCCAUACAGUUGCCUAGAAUGUGGGAAAGGCUUUAUAACCAAACAUAAACUUUUUCGACACGAGAUGAUCCACACGGGAGAGAAGCCCCACACCUGUUCACAAUGCAAACGAAGCUUCACUGAGAAAGCAAGCCUCGUUCAACACGAGAGGCUCCAUACUGGAGAGAAACCGUACAAAUGCUCUCACUGCGGGAAGAGUUUCACACAGAAAGGACACUGGGUUGAGCAUGAAAAAUUCCACCUAGGAUCCUACAGUUGUUCAGAAUGUGGGAAAUGUUACACCACUCCUUCAUACCUUCUGAAACAUCAGAAGAUUCACAGCGGAGAGAGUCCACAUAAAUGCUCCGAGUGCAUGAAAAGCUUCACUGAACUCAGAGCUCUUCAGUCCCACCAAAGAAUCCACACAGGGGAGAAGCCAUACCAGUGCUGGGAUUGUGGGAAACGUUUCCGGCACCGAUCAGCCCUUUCCAGCCAUCAGAGAAUACACACAGGGGAGAAACCGUUUAAAUGCAUAGAUUGCGGGAAAGUCUUUAGUCACAGUUCAAACUACAUAACGCAUCUAAAAUGGCACACAAAGGAGAGACCACCGAAACGUUCAGUUCAAGGAAAAACUUUCAGCCAGUAGUCCAGAUUUUACCAUCCCAAAGGGAACGCCAUUUGUGGGAGGACCUUCAGUAAGGACACAAAACCCACACACGACAUAGGGGACGUACUAGGAAAAAUGAGGCUGUGUUUCCGGUAAUGUCACUGCCAGAAAUGGUAGCAUAGGACUGGUGUUCCCAAGCCUUCCUUAUUUUUGAACUGAGA